AUGUCUCUCUCAAUUAUUUUACCAUUAUUGUUAAUACAAUUGUUACUCACUAACGGUGAUAAUUUAUUAUUUAAUAUCUCCAACUGUUCUUUAUUGUUUACUAUUCAAGCAAAUUAUCAAUCAAAUAUAAUUCCAACCAAAUUUCCAAUUGAAUUUAUUGCUAAUUAUAAUUUAACAUGUAUCAUUUCAAAUUCCAGAGCUUAUUAUAAAAUAAUACCUUUAGAAAUUCUUGUUGUUGGUUCUUAUGAAGUUGAAAAUGAACCUAUCAAAUCGAUGAUUGAAUUACAUACAAAAAAAUUUUAUUUUAAUAUAAAUCAACCAUCAACAAUUCAAUUAUGUGUUUUAUCAUCUAAUGAUAGUGAUGAUGACGAUAAUCAUCAUCAAAUAUGCCGACAAAUUCAUAUUGGUAUUAACACUUUAUAUAACUUUUGGAAUUUACCAAUGAGAAUAUUUUAUAUUCUUUUAAUAUCUUCGAUAGGUAGCUAUCAUAUUUUAUUUUUUCUACAACAAAAAUGGCGCAAAGGUUGGAAAACACCAAAACCAAUACCCUCAGUUGUUAAACGAGCAUCAAUCAGUGAAACAAAACAUGAUACAUUUGAAAAUGAAAAAGUUAAUGAAGAAGAUAUGUCAGGUGAAGAAGAUGAAGUAUAA